AGCUUCAACAGCGGAUAGUCGAAGGUAUCUUUCUCCAAGAUGAAGAGGCUCCUUGAAGGCUCUCUGCUUUUUGCCUUUGUCUGCCUGUGUGUAGCAACACCAACAGCAAAGGACAAAGCAAAAUUCACUCGAUAUGAACCUAACUGGGCUUCUAUAGAUUCUAGACCUCUGCCAGCAUGGUACGAUGAAGCCAAACUUGGAAUCUUCAUUCACUGGGGUAUCUUUUCCGUGCCCAGUUAUGGUUCUGAGUGGUUCUGGUGGCUCUGGCAAGGGCAGAAGGUUCCAGACGUUGUUGCUUUCAUGAAAGACAAUUACCGACCAGACUGGACAUAUGCAGAUUUUGCCAGGGAUUUUACAGCUGAGUUUUUUGAUCCAGUACAGUGGGCCAACAUCUUCAAUGCAUCUGGUGCACAAUAUGCUGUGUUAGUCAGCAAGCAUCAUGAAGGUUUCUGCAACUGGCCAACGAAUGUCUCCUUCAACUGGAACUCCCAGAUGCUUGGACCCAACAGAGAUCUCGUGGGCGAACUAGCAGCAGCGAUACGAGGAAACACUAACAUCCGCUUUGGUCUGUACCACUCCCUGUUUGAAUGGUUCCAUCCCCUGUACCUUCAAGACAAGGCCAACAACUUUUCUACAUCACGCUUUGUUGAUGAGAAGACAAUUCCUGAGUUGAUAGAGAUUAGCGAGAAGUACAAGCCUGAAGUAAUUUGGUCUGACGGUGACUGGGAGGCACCUUCCUCCUACUGGAAAUCUGCAGAAUUUCUGGCCUGGCUAUAUAAUGAAAGUCCCACCAAGGACUCUGUGGUGACCAACGACCGAUGGGGAAAAGAUGCCACAUGUCAUCACGGAGGUUUCCUCACCUGCAUGGACAGAUACAACCCAGGAACACUACAGCCCCGUAAGUUUGAGAAUGCCAUGACAAUAGACAAAAAGUCAUGGGGUUUCCGGCGUAAUGCUGAUCUGGCAGCCUACCUCAACAUGGAAGAAAUCUUAAGUACAUUUGCCGAGACCAUCAGUUGUGGAGGCAACAUGCUCAUCAAUGUAGGGCCAACCAAAUACGGUAUGAUCAGUGCACUCUAUGAGGAAAGACUGCGCCAACUAGGCGGAUGGUUGAGCGUAAAUGGAGAGGGCAUCUAUUCCACAAAACCAUGGACCUCCCAGAAUGACACAGUGACCAAAGGAAUCUGGUAUGUACAGAAGCAGAGCAAUGUCUAUGCCAUUGUACUGAACUGGCCGGAUGCAGAGCUUCAGCUCGGGGCACCCAAGACAACUGCAGCCACUACAGUCAGUUUGCUCGGAUAUGACGGUAACUUCAGCUUUCAAGAACGAGCCGGAGGGGGCAUAACCAUACAGAUUCCUCCAAUCCCCGUCAACAAAAUGCCAUGUGAAUGGGCAUGGAUCUUCAAACUUACUGCACUUCAAUAGACUAGAUACUAGUAUGCCAACUGGUUCUUGCUAUUGUUGUGUAUAGAUUUCAUGUACAGAUGUGAACAUAUUAUCCUCAAAAUGUAUAUACAGAGCUACUGAAAUAAAAUAUUUUGAAAAUAA